UACAGAAGAAGCAGGCAUUCAUCUGCUCUCAGAAAGUCUCUGCAGCAACUAUGGCCACCUUCGUGGAGCUCAGUACCAAAGCCAAGAUGCCCAUCGUGGGCCUGGGCACCUGGAAGUCUCCACCAGGCAAAGUCAAGGAAGCUGUGAAGGCCGCCAUUGAUGCUGGGUAUCGCCACAUUGACUGCGCCUAUGCCUAUCAGAAUGAGAAUGAAGUGGGGGAAGCCAUCCAGGAGAAGAUCAAGGAGAAGGCCGUGAAGCGGGAGGACCUCUUCAUUGUCAGCAAGCUGUGGCCCACCUUCUUCGAGAAAAGCCUGGUGAAGAAAUGCUUUCAGAAAACCCUCUCGGAUCUGAAACUGGACUACCUGGACCUGUAUCUAGUUCACUGGCCACAGGGAUUCCAGGCUGGGAAUGAGAUUUUCCCCACAGAUAAAAAUGGCAAACUUCUCAUGAGUAAAUCCACAUUCUUGGAUGCCUGGGAGGGCAUGGAGGAACUGGUGGACCAGGGGCUGGUGAAAGCUCUGGGCAUCUCCAACUUCAACCACUUGCAGAUUGAGAGACUCCUGAACAAGCCUGGACUGAAAUAUAAGCCAGUGACCAAUCAGAUUGAGUGCCACCCAUAUCUCACCCAGGAGAAACUGAUCCAGUACUGUCACUCCAAGGGCAUUAGCAUCACAGCUUACAGUCCCCUGGGCUCACCAGACAGACCUCAUGCCAAGCCAGAUGACCCUGUAGUACUGGAGAUUCCCGAGAUUAAGGAGAUUGCUGCAAAGCACAAGAAAACUGCAGCCCAGGUUCUGAUUCGGUUCCAUAUCCAAAGGAAUGUGGUGGUGAUCCCCAAGUCUGUGACACCGUCCCGCAUACGUGAGAACUUUCAGGUCUUUGACUUCCAGCUGAGUGAUGAGGAGAUGGCCACCAUUCUCAGCUUCAACAGAAACUGGAGGGCCUGUGGUGUGUUUGCCGCAAUUAACGAAGAGGACUAUCCUUUCCAUGAGGAAUACUGACGCUGAUUCACUUGAUGAGACUGCCUGGUGAAUCCCAUCUUCAUGGUGUGAAAGUCACUCCUGACGCCUGUCUUAGCCAAAGUGUGUCUAACGUCACCCGGGUCAGGCAAUGCUGAAUUCAGUCCAGGAGCAGACUGUCACAGGAAAACAAAGGACAAUGGUUUUCAUUAGUGUGUUCUGACCAAAUGUUUGUUAAAUACCAGGAAUUCUGGUAACACUGAGAAUACAAAGACAAAACAAUAAAAAGUAAAUAAUAGUAAGGCUUGUAGUGUGCUGUGGGACAAUGGUCUUUUAUCCUGUCACUUGUAUUAUUUUUAAUAAAACACUGAUUGGCCAGUAGCCAGGCAGGAAGUAUAGGCAGGGUGAUGAUGACCAGGCAGGAAGUAGAGGAGGGGCAAUGAGAACAGGAGAAUUCUGGGAAGAGGAAAGCUCAGCCUGCAGUCAUGACCCAGAUGCAGAAAAAGCCAAAUGUGACUGCCUCACCGAGUAAGGUACCAAGCCAUGUGGCUAGCACAGACAAGAAUAGUGGGCUAAUAAGUUAUAAGAGUUAAUAAGAAGUCUGAGCUACUAGGCCAAUCAGUUUUAUAAUUGA